AUGGCAGAACCGACGGUAACCCCCAGCGAUGAAAAGAUAAGGAUUGUCCGGGAAAGGCUCCCUCUAUACGGGCCGAACCCAUCCGUAGAGCUGGUGCAGCAACUGAUGGCAGAAGCCGAGGCGGACAUACAGCGGGCUCGAGCCCACGAGCUGAACCUG